GUGAGCCACAAAAAUAAAAUCAAAUUCAUAAAUAUAAAUUUUUUCGCACCAUGUCAUCCUCUGCUGCAUGCUCUUCUGCUUCUAUUUUGAACUCUUCUGCAAGAAUUCAAGUCCCAAUCUCUAAUUUCAGCUUCUACUUUCAGUCUUCCCUUGAUUAUAAUCCUAAUUCUAGGUUCAAGAAAUACAAAAAUUGGGCUUUUUCCAGAAAUUUCAGAGAUAGAUACCAUCCCAGAAAAUGUUUACACCAAGAAGACAAGAGUUCUCAGUUGUUAUCUCCACAAGAAAAAACACCAAAUGUUGUGGAAAUUUCUUCAGAUGACAAGAAUGUUGGAAUUGGCAGCAGCCCAUCAACCAGCUUUCUGUCUUUCCUCUGUCCUUUGCUCAAACUCUUCUCUGGUGGAGACCCUUCUAAAGAAAGGAACUAUUUUUUGGAGGAAGCAAUGUCUUCCUUGUCUACUCUAGCAAGGUUUCCUUGGGGAUCAAGAUCACUAAUCGAAGAUAGUCAAACAAUUAAUAGUGUUGAUCCUCCUAUUCGUUUACAACUCUUUGAAUUUGAAGCAUGCCCAUUCUGCCGGAGGGUUCGAGAGGCUAUAACUGAGCUUGAUUUAUCUGUAGAGAUCUAUCCGUGUCCUAAAGGUUCAGUAAGACACAGGGAAGUGGUCAGGAGACUUGGUGGUAAAGAGCAGUUUCCUUUCCUGAUUGACCCAAAUAGUGAAAUUCAGCUGUAUGAGAGCAGUGAUAUCGUAAAGUACUUGUUUCAGAAAUAUGGCAAAGGACGUAGCCCCUCAACUGGCCUUUUGGAAAGCACAAUAGUCACAGGCUGGAUGCCAACUUUACUUCGAGCAGGCCGAGGAAUGACUUUGUGGGAGAAAUCUAGAAAAGAAGCGCCAAUAAAAAUGUUGGAGCUUUUCUCAUAUGAAAACAAUCCGUAUGCUCGGAUAGUACGUGAAGCACUUUGCGAGUUGGAGCUUCCAUACAUACUUCAGAAUGUGGCUAAGGGGUCAAAGAGGGCUCCCUUACUUGUCGAAAUAUCUGGAUCAAAAGAGGUGCCUUACCUUGUUGAUCAUAACACUGGUCAGCAAAUUGGUGAUUACAAGAGGAUUAUCCCAUACUUGUUUGAGACAUAUUCUGCUGUCAACAUGUAACGUCAAAGUUAACAAUCUAUGGGCUGAAAAGAUGAGGAUCAAAGUGGUGCAUUGACGAUGCUUUUGUAAUUUCUGGGGAGCAAAAUCGAAUUGCCAGUGGCUACUGAAUCUUCAUCUGAAGUGCUUCAAGAUCAUUAUUAUCAUUGCUUUGAUCUUACCUUCUCUGUUUCAGUACCCGAAAAAAUUCCUGACAUAGAACAUUAAUAAACGGGUACCGAGUGCCUUCAACUACUUGAUUGUCAUAUCAUCAUCGUAUUUUAUUUUCUUGGAAAAGCAACAUUAAUAGUUCUUUUGCUCAAAAUGUGAUGUAUCUGUGACAUUUUCUAGUGAAAAUAUGGUUGGAAACAUAUUCAGAAAA